AUGAUCACUGACUCGGAGUCUAAGUCUCACAGCCAUGUCCAGAAUGGUACCCUAGCAAGCGAGCACAUGCUUGCUACGUUCUCAAUGGCACGCCAUUCUCAAUUCCAGGCUGGGCAUGAACCUCAGGUCCAUCCCAACUUCAAGUUGAGAAGCAAUCAUGUUACAGGCCCAUUUACUUUCCUCAAUCCCACUCUGGCGCACUAUGCACCACGCGACCACCCAACCGUCGCCUCUCCAGAAUCAGAGCAAUCUCCACCGCCAACCGUCCAGCACCUCUGGCGCUCGCGCGAUAACAGAAAAGGCCGCCACGCUCUUCGCGUCAGACAUGGGCUGCCUUCAGAUGAAAUCAAAACACCACCACUGACACGCUCUGCACCGGCAAUCUUCACCGGAAUCCGCCGCAUGAUCAGCUAUGCUCCAUACUGGGACGUUUCAUAUCUAGUCGCCACAAGCUUCACCCUUGGGUCGGCGAUUUGGAUCAUCAAUGCGUUCUUCGUAUGGCUACCACUUGCAAACCCAAAGACUGAAUUCUCGGGCGAAUCGCUGGUCGGGGGUGGCGUGACGGCCUUUGUCGGUGCGACGAUCUUUGAGAUUGGAAGCGUGCUACUUCUCCUCGAGGCUGUGAAUGAGAAUCAGACGGGUUGCUUUGGGUGGGCGUUUGAGACAGUUCUUUCGAAAACGUCCGAGGACGGGCAACCUCAGCGCGCGCGGACGGAAUUGCGGCCUGAUAUGCAGGACUGUCGACAUCAUCAUGCGAAUCGACGGUCCUUUUUGCGGGGAAGAUAUGGCCGGGGCGCUGAUUCGGCCCAUACUUCGGAGGAUGUCAGUCGUGGUGUCUCUGCGUCGGAUGGGAGAUCAUUUCGCUGGAUACCAUCGAUGAAGGAACUGCGCACGCAUUACUUCCAUGAGCUGGGUUUUCUGGCUUCAUUGAUUCAGUUCUUCAGUGCUACCAUCUUUUGGAUUGCCGGGUUCACGGGUCUUCCUGGAAUAUACGGCCAUCUGAGCCAGGGCCUUGCAGAUGGUGUAUAUUGGGCCCCUCAGAUUGUUGGCGGAACGGGCUUCAUCUUGAGCGGUCUUUUGUUCACCCUUGAGACUCAGCCAAAGUGGUACAUACCUGCUUGGCAUGUUCUUGGUUGGCAUAUUGGCAUUUGGAACUUCAUUGGCGGCAUUGGGUUUACUCUUUGUGGCUCCUUGGGUCCUGCAAGCGCUCAUUCCGGUGUGGCGUAUCAAUCUACACUCGCUACCUUCUGGGGAUCUUGGGCGUUCAUGAUCGGCUCUACCAUUCAGUGGUACGAGAGUUUACAAAAACAUCCGGUUGAGAAGCAGAAUUGA